AUGGCAGACCCUCGCGUGAGGCAGAUCAAAAUCAAAACCGGCGUAGUGAAGCGAUUGGUCAAAGAAAAAGUGAUGUAUGAAAAAGAAGCAAAACAACAGGAAGAAAAGAUUGAAAAAAUGAAGGCUGAAGAUGGUGAAAAUUAUGCCAUUAAAAAGCAGACAGAGAUCUUGCAAGAGUCCCGGAUGAUGAUCCCAGAUUGCCAGCGCAGGUUGGAAACUGCAUAUACUGAUCUUCUGCAGCUACUAGAAAGUGAAAAAGACUUGGAGGAAGCUGAGGAAUUUAAAGAAGCACGUUCAGUACUGGAUUCAGUGAAGUUGGAAGACUGA